AUGGCUGUGUUCGAAAAAGAGGCUAGAGGCACUUUUGAAUCUGAUCCCGUGGUUCUUUGGUGCACAUUUUGUCGAUCGUACUAUAUGGGGGUAGUUUGUAACGGAAUCACCAACAUUUUUAUCGAAAGGUGUUUUGCCACCGUUCUUGUUGCUGACUAUGAACGCAAACCUAGACGAUAUAUCGGAAUAACGUUAAGCGUUUUUACUGUAACAAUAUCGGCUCUACUAGUACCUACUGCGGUUUAUGAAAUAAUCCCAUCGGUUAUUGCCAUUGGUAUCAUCGUCCCGUCAAGUGUUAUUGCAACAUCCUUAUUCUUACUUCUACUCUACAAGAAUCAACGUCGCUAUCGACGACUAAGCGAAGACCACAAGAUUAGUUGCGGCACGUUAACAAUGCACUAUACGUUAAGUAUCCGUUUUCAACUGAACGAAAAUUUGCGGUCGAUGAAAUUGCUGCGAAACAUAAUCAUCAUGUGUGGUUUGCUGAACAUUCUCGGCCUAAUUCUCUACACUGGUGUUCGAAUCAAAUGGCUUCACUUCUACAGCGAUAUCGUUGCACACUACUACGAUGCUUUUUUCAACAUCACUCUUGCAGUGUCUCGAAUCAAUAAAAUGCGAGGAACGCCAGCGUUCAUAGGACAUCUGACGAUUCUGAGCCUAACCACUGCACAAUUUCUCGGUAGCUCCUUAUACAAUGCGUUAUCCGGUUACGGUGAAUCGGACAUGUGUCGCUAUAUUUCCUGUCCUUUCGGACAAUACUGUUGGAAUGGGAAUUGUAUAAGUACGGGUGGAAUGACGAGUGCAAGUUUGUAUGGAGCCGGAAUAGGAGUUGGAGCCUACGGCCCUCUAGGGACGGGAAUCGUUAGCGGCACACAACCAUGCAAUUUAAUGCAGCAAUGCUUCAACGGUCAAAUAUGUGUGAACGGAUUCUGCACCCGAAGCAAUGUGGCAUACAGCGGAAGUCAAACCGUUCCAACACAAACUACGUGUUUGACUGGUGCGAUUUGUCCAGUUGGUCAGUACUGUAUCGGAGGUGUCUGCAUGCAAAACGCGAUGUCAAGCACUUUUGCUUGUCAAAACGGCGUUUCCUGUCCACCCGGAAUGAACUGCUACCUCGGUCGUUGCAUAGCAAAUGGAUUGCCGAUGGGUCCCAUGGGUCCCAUGGGUGCUGUUGGCCCCGUUGGUCCAGUAGCCCCGGUUGGCCCAAUCGGGAAGAAGUAG